CUGAAACAGGGUGUGGUCCUGAAACCAGCAAGGUCUGUAGUAGUGCCCUCGGGUUUAAAUUGAGUUGAAUGAUCUCACUCUCAUCGUUAUCAGAGCUGGCCUCACACUUUUACUCACCUCUCUUGCUUUCUGUCCAUCUCCAACAAUUCCCCUAAACCUGUGGGAGUUUCAGCCUCUGGAUUUUUACCAAAAGAAACCUUGGAGGACAGCUGGAGGCCUCCACCACCCACAGAGUAGCUCUUUUCAUGUGUCCGGCCUCCACCUGAUCCCUCACACUGGUGCUGCCGAGGCCUGGGAUCCUCUGGGCUGGGUGCGCUGCCUGCUCCGGCUGAGCAGGAGUUGAGAGCUGAGGACCUGUUCUCAGCAGGACUUUCAUAGGAACAAAAGAAAAAGCCAGUCAUCACCAUGCUGGGGGAAGCUUUGUCAAACAUUUUAGAGUUCCACGAGUAUGUACUACUAAGAACCGAUGUCAGAAUCAGAGAAUACCCUCUGAUGCAGAGUCCCGUAGAGAUGACGAUCAUCCUGUUGGCCUACGUCUUCUUCGCUGUGUACGUCGGGCCUCGCCUGAUGGCGAACCGCAAACCUUAUAGUUUAAAAGCAGCCAUGAUCGUCUACAACGUCAGCAUGGUUUUACUGAACGCCUUCAUAGUGGUGGAGUUCUUGUUGUCUGGAUGGGGCACCACCUAUACAUGGAGAUGUGACCUAGUCGACACCUCCUUCCGCCCUGACACUCUCAGAAUGGUUCGGGUUUGUUGGACGUUUUAUUUUUCAAAAUUCAUUGAACUCCUCGACACAGUAUUCUUUGUGCUGAGGAAGAAACAAAGCCAGAUCACGUUUCUCCACGUGUUCCAUCACUCCGUCAUGCCGUGGACGUGGUGGUGGGGCGUCACACUGACUCCUGCUGGAGGAAUGGGCACCUUCCACGCUAUGGUGAAUGCAGGCAUCCACGUUAUCAUGUACUCCUACUACGGACUCUCUGCUGCAGGGCCUCGCUUCCAGAAAUACCUGUGGUGGAAGAAGUACAUGACUGCCAUCCAGCUUGUUCAGUUUGUCCUGGUCUCCGUUCACAUCAGCCAGUACUACUUCAUGGAGAAAUGUGACUACCAGGUGAAGAUGUGGAUCCACUUGAUCUGGAUGUACGGAGUGUUCUUCUUCCUGAUGUUCUCCAACUUCUGGGUGCAGGCCUACAUAAAGGGCAAGCGGCUGCCCGCCUCAAACAACAAGCCGAAGCUGAACGGCUCGACCAGCGAACGUACCAUCGCUGUGGCGGCCAACGGCAAGCACAAGGAGAAUGGAAACGUGUCCCACUACACCAAUGGCAAAAUCUUCAUGGGCAAAGUAAAGGAAAUCUAACUUAAGUGACUGGGAUUGAGAAGGAAGAACAGCAGGUGGCUCUACAGCGCCACCUGUCCUUCAUCGUUCAUGUAGUAGCAUAUUGGGGUGGCACAGAUUCCGAUAUACUGCUUCUGUUCAUAAUAAUUAGUCUUUUAAGCAUAUGCACAUUUAUUGGGAUAUGCCAUAUUGUUUUUGGUGGUGAUCUCUACAUGUUACACAUUGUUGGUUCUUGUGAAACUAUUGACUGUGACACACGCUACAUGAAGAUUGGUGCUCAUCUUGUCACUGAUGGUGUUCUCCGACUCGAACUUUACCCACACUGCCGUUCGGCCGGCAUGACCCUGGUUGUUUGAAAAGUAUCGCACCGUUCCCACUGAAAGACUUGCACGUGUAAAUAACUGCCACAAAGCUUAUGCCAAAACAAAGUUUUUAAUUACAUUUUUUUUUUCUCUUGUCUGUUCUUAUUUAUCAUUUGAAAUAAAAAAACAAAAAACUGAU